AUGGAGAAACUAACAUUCGCAGUUGUGACAUUGGCAAGGAAACUCCGGCCGUACUUUCAGUCGCAUACCAUAAUAAUCCUCAGCACCUUCCCCCUGCGAACGAUCUUGCACAGUCCGAGUCAGUCAGGACGACUCGCAAAAUGGGCAAUCGAACUAAGCGAGUACGAUGUGGAGUACCGCCCAAGAACCUUCACAAAAUCUCAAGUACUAGCAGACGUCUUGGUAGAAUUGCCCACGGGGGAUAUGACAAACACGGAACCGGACUCAACUUGGAUCCUUCACGUCGACGGAUCAUCGUCCAAACAAGGAUCCGGGAUCGGAAUCCGGCUCACUUCUCCCACCGGCGAAGGCUUGGAACAAUCGUUCCGAUUGGAAUUCCAUGCGUCGAACAACAAGGCCGAAUAUGAAGCACUCCUCGUAGGAUUACGAUUAGCCCAUGGGCUUAAGAUCCGCAACAUUCACGCUUACUGUGACUCUCAGUUAGUCGCAAAUCAGUACAGCGGAGAAUACGAAGCGAGGGACGAAAGAAUGGAUGCAUAUCUAAAACUCAUCCAAGACCUCUCCCGAGACUUCAACCACUUCGCCCUCACUAGGAUUCCUUGCUCGGAAAACACUCAGGCAGAUGCCUUGGCCGCACUCGCAUCAAGUUCGGAUUCUGGACUAAGACGAAUAAUCCCCGUCGAGUUCAUCGAACACCCAAGCAUCGGACCACCAGUGGUCAACAAUCUGAUUCGAGCACAAAUCGAAAAUGCGGAGGAAGUCGAAGACCCACCAGAAGAAAACGUGGAUCAGUCGGAAUACGGCUACGACAGCCCAUGGAUAGAGCCAAUCCGAUCAUACAUAAUCAACGGAACGCUUCCCACUGAGAAAUGGGCGGCCCGCAAAAUCAAGACCCAGGCCGCGCGAUAUGAGGUUCAUUCCGGAUCAUGUGGGAACCACUCCGGCGGAAGAUCUCUCGCCGUAAAAAUAAAACGCCAUGGUUAUUACUGGCCAACUAUGAUCAAGGACUGCGAGAAAUUCGCACGGAAGUGCGAAAAAUGCCAAAGGCAUGCACCGACAAUCCAUCAACCCGCGGAAGUCCUCUCGUCCAUCUCGUCUCCGUAUCCCUUCAUGCGAUGGUCCAUGGAUAUCGUGGAUAGAGGCAGAUUCCUAUGCAAGAGUUCUUUGGUCGCAUCGUACGACCCCGAGACGGGCUACGGGUGA